GUUAUAUUUAAAUGUCCCUAACUGGUAUAUGUAGUAUCAGGGUGUUGUUUUAUUGACCUCAGGUAUAAAAUUAGCACAGUGAAUGGCCAUCAAAAAGAUUUUAUGUAAGGAAAAUAUUCUACCAUUUUUGGGUCAUAUUUGAAUGGUGUUUCCCAUUUCCUUUGACUUGGUGGUGGUGAGGUAUGUAGCAAAAUCAAAGGUUUCCCCUGCUCUUGAGUGAAAUAUCUCUUAGUGUAAGCAUUGUGUUACAUUACACACUGAAUUCUGUUCUUUGCCUUUUUCCUCACAGUAGAUCUUCAUGGAGGAACACGGCGUGACCCAAACUGAACACAUGGCUACCAUAGAAGCCCAUGCAGUGGCCCAGCAAGUACAGCAGGUCCAUGUCGCCACCUACACUGAACACAGUAUGCUGAGUGCUGAUGAAGACUCUCCUUCAUCUCCAGAGGACACCUCUUAUGAUGAUUCAGACAUACUCAACUCCACAGCGGCUGAUGAGGUAACAGCCCAUCUGGCUGCUGCAGGUCCUGUGGGAAUGGCUGCUGCUGCUGCUGUGGCAACAGGAAAGAAACGGAAACGGCCUCAUGUGUUUGAGUCUAAUCCAUCUAUCCGGAAGAGACAGCAAACACGUUUGCUUCGGAAACUUCGAGCCACAUUAGAUGAAUAUACUACUCGAGUGGGACAGCAAGCUAUUGUCCUCUGUAUCUCACCCUCUAAACCCAACCCGGUCUUUAAAGUAUUUGGUGCAGCACCUUUGGAGAACGUGGUGCGUAAGUACAAGAGCAUGAUCCUGGAAGACCUGGAGUCCGCCUUAGCAGAACACGCCCCUGUGCCACAGGAGGUUAACUCAGAGCUGCCGCCUCUCACCAUCGACGGAAUUCCAGUCUCUGUGGACAAAAUGACUCAGGCCCAGCUUCGGGCAUUUAUUCCAGAGAUGCUCAAGUACUCCACGGGUCGGGGAAAACCAGGCUGGGGCAAAGAAAGCUGCAAGCCCGUCUGGUGGCCUGAAGAUAUCCCGUGGGCAAAUGUCCGGAGUGAUGUCCGCACAGAAGAGCAAAAGCAAAGGGUUUCAUGGACCCAAGCACUACGGACCAUAGUUAAAAACUGUUAUAAACAGCAUGGGCGGGAGGACCUUUUGUAUGCUUUUGAAGACCAGCAAACACAAACACAGGCCACAACCACACAUAGUAUAGCCCAUCUUGUACCGUCACAGACCGUAGUCCAGACCUUUAGUAACCCUGAUGGCACUGUCUCACUUAUCCAGGUUGGUACAGGGGCAACAGUAGCCACAUUGGCUGAUGCUUCAGAAUUGCCAACCACAGUUACUGUUGCCCAAGUGAAUUAUUCUGCUGUGGCAGAUGGAGAGGUGGAACAAAAUUGGGCCACGUUACAAGGAGGUGAGAUGACCAUCCAGACGACGCAAGCAUCAGAGGCCACCCAGGCAGUGGCAUCAUUGGCAGAGGCCGCAGUAGCAGCUUCUCAGGAGAUGCAACAGGGAGCUACAGUCACCAUGGCACUCAACAGUGAAGCUGCCGCCCAUGCUGUCGCCACACUGGCCGAAGCCACCUUGCAAGGGGGGGGACAGAUCGUCCUGUCUGGGGAAACCGCAGCAGCCGUUGGAGCACUUACUGGAGUCCAAGAUGCUAAUGGACUGGUGCAGAUCCCUGUGAGCAUGUACCAGACUGUGGUAACCAGCCUCGCCCAAGGCAACGGGCCGGUGCAGGUGGCCAUGGCCCCUGUGACCACCAGGAUAUCAGACAGCACAGUCACCAUGGACGGCCAGGCUGUGGAAGUGGUGACAUUGGAACAGUGACAUGCAGCCAUAUCAUGGCAUCUUUUUCUAGUCUACUUCAAAAAUUUUUACACGUUUGCAGAGGUGCAAUCAGAUGGAAUUAAGUCUCUCGACUUUGGAAGAAAAGUAUUGUUAACCCUUUUUUUUAAAAAGGAAGAAAAGCAGCGGAUUUUGGAAUUGCAUUUUUUAAAGCACCACUCUUGAUUUUCUGGGAUUGGUGGAGUAAGACACUGCGUUGUCAAUUUCACUGUCCCUAAAAAGCCAAAUUGUGGCAGGACUUCUUUCUGCGAAAACAUGUGUGUAUACUUAUGUGUGUGUAUGUGCGAAUGUGAAUAUAUGUAUAUGUGUACAUAUGGAUAUACACAUUUACAUAUAUAUAAAGUAUAUAUAUGUGUAUAUAUAUAUAUAUAUAUAUGAACCCCGCAUGGAAUUAUCUGUAUGAAAUUAAGGUGCGCUGUGGAAAAAAAUAAUUCACCCAGUUUAGUGGGUGUAGGGUACGUGGCCAGACACAGUCACCGAUUUUUGUUCAUACCAGGGUCAUGCGUUGAGCUACUGACAAACUCAGGUGGAGGUGACCAUGGCCUUCACCAAAGCUGCCUCCCAGUGGCCACCCAGAACUCUCCCUGCUGGACUCACCUGAGGAAGGAAGUUCAGAACUGGUGGGGCCCAGGAAUGUGCUUGCAAGGUCCAGAGGCCUCGUGGUCUGGCAGCCAAGAGACUCUCCUCUGGCUGGCCCAGGUGCUGACCUUGCCACAGGCAGUGAAUGUCCUUAAAGCUCCCAGGCAGGGACGAGAAGGUUUUCCUCAGCCUCCCAUCUCCCCUUCCCGGGAAACCUCUUGAUCUCAUGACUGUUAAAAUAUUGCUUUGGUUUUAAGGUCAGUCCUAAACUGGUCAUGUAUAUGAACUGAAGGUAACAGAAGUAUUAAGGGUUUGAGGAGUGUGUGCGAAGUGUGUUUGUGGGUGUGUGAAGGGGGGAGAGAAUGGGAGGGGGAGGGAGAGGGGUUGGAAGGGGAAAGGAAGGAGGGAGAGAAAAACUUUCAAAGACCAGGGUACACCAGUGGAAGCAAUUUUCUACUUCCUAUAACUUUCUGUAGCUUUGCAGAGAGGAGACUGGAACUGACAGGGCACCUGGCUCAGGAAGGUUGGCCAUCACACUGGGGGCUGGGGGCAUAAGAAGAGAGGACUGAGGGUGUUUCCUGAGCUCCGGGAUCAGGCCCCUUCAGAAGGGACCUUGCAGUUCCCCCAGGUGCAUCCUGGUGGGCCCAGGCCCCGCACAGCUUCCUCCUCACGGGUGUUGAUUGGCCUGGGGUUCUUUGUAACUCUUAAAGUCUCAUUUCUCAGCUGCAAGCCCUGAGUCUCCAGUGGCUAAAAUCACCUGACUUUUUGACAGGCCAAAUCUCUGCUCCUUGAGUACAGGGACAACUCUUCCUCCCUCCUCCCAGGCCCCCCAAGUGUGAUAGUGUAUUUAAUGUGUUUUUUUAAUGCGACAUUAAAAGAUUAUUCAUGUCUUGCUCAGCCUUUGAGAAAAGUUUCAGAUUCUCGUAUUUGCUUGUUUUAUAUAAAAUUAUCCAAUGUUCUUUGUAUGUUUUUUUCUGUAAGUAAUGGGGGGAGGGAAGGGAAAUUUACAUAUAAACAGUCCUAGUUCUAUAAUUUGUUAUUUUUUUAAUUAUUAUUUUUUAUCGUCAUUGUGAAGCUGUCCAGGGACUUUAAAGUCCAUGAUCCUUGUGGUGAAAUAACCUCCUGAUAGUUUGAGAAAUUGCCAAGAAGAAGAAACAGAAGAAAAGCAAAACCCAAGUAGCAGAGCAUGGAUUCUGUGUUGUUUUCCAUUCUGUCUAUUACUGCCUCAUUCAAUAAAUAGUUUAAAAUGUGGCAACA